AUGUACGGACUCCAUGACGCCGCCAAUCCCAUAUCUGCUGCUGUACCAGCUCGGCCUGUCUCGCCUCGCCUCGCCUCAACUUCCGGUAUCAUCUCGGAGAAAGACGCAGCUGCGGGCUCCUCAAUGAACGCUGCCUCCAUAGUCGUAUGCGAGAUCCUGCUGCUCAACGUCGGGGCUCCGGAAACUAACAUCCCACGUUGGACAAGCAAGUCAUCGGCGUGUAAAUCGAUUCGGGCCGUCCUUAAGCGUCCUUGCAUGGGUCUUGUGGUAUUCUAG